AGCUGUCACUUGCGGGAGCGCGCGGCAUGCUGGGAAACAACCAGCGGGAAUCCUUUGGCUGAGCAGCCUCCUGAUUCUUCAGGGACCCGAUCGGAGAAAGCGGGACGGAUGGCGGAGUCCUGCCUCCAUCUCCCUAGAAUCCUUUAAGGGGCGCUGAGCGUGGGUCCCCUAAUAGGUUAUGAGAAGGCACCAUGGAUCAAUAUAGCAUUCUUGGCCGUAUUGGAGAAGGAGCCCAUGGCAUUGUUUUCAAAGCCAAGAACAUAGAAACUGGGGAGACUGUGGCCCUGAAGAAAGUGGCUCUCCGUAAACUGGAGGAUGGGAUCCCCAACCAAGCCCUGCGAGAGAUCAAAGCUUUGCAGGAGAUUGAGGAAAACCAGCAUGUGGUGCAAUUGAAAGACGUUUUUCCUCACGGCACAGGGUUUGUGUUGGUAUUUGAGUAUAUGCUGUCUGAUCUGUCUGAGGUGAUCCGCAACUCUGAACAGCCUCUUACUGAAGCCCAAGUGAAAGGCUACAUGCUAAUGCUGCUCAAGGGGGUGGCUUUCUGCCAUGCCAACUCUAUUAUGCACCGGGAUCUGAAACCAGCCAAUUUGCUGAUCAGUUCUACAGGGCAAUUGAAAAUUGCUGAUUUUGGCUUGGCCCGGGUGUUCACCAGUGAUGGAGAUAGACUAUAUAGCCAUCAAGUGGCCACCAGGUGGUAUCGGGCUCCUGAAUUGCUGUACGGUGCUCGAAAGUAUGAUGAAGGUGUAGACCUGUGGGCAGUCGGCUGCAUCUUUGCUGAACUUCUCAAUAAUUCUCCCCUCUUCCCUGGAGAAAAUGACAUUGAGCAGCUGUGUUGUGUCCUCCGGGUACUUGGCACACCUAAUCAAAAGACCUGGCCGGAGAUUACAGAGUUGCCCGAUUACAACAAAAUCUCCUUCAAAGAGAAGCAGCCCAUCCCUUUGGAGCAGGUGGUCCCUGAUGCUUCUCCACAAGCAGUGCAGCUGCUGAAAGAGUUCCUGGUUUAUCCUUCGAAGCAACGUAUGCAGGCAGCCCAGGCACUUCUGCAUCCCUAUUUCUUCACGCCCCCUCUGCCGGCCCAUCACUCGGAAUUACCAAUUCCCCAACGUGGGGGCAAAAAGAUUCGCCAGGGGCUGCAGCACCAGCGUGAUUUCCAUGUGGAGCAGCCCCUGGAAGGGUCAGUUGUAGAUCUGGAACUGGUGGCACCGUAUGUGAUUGAUGUAUAAAAUUGCUCUCUUUUAAAGUCUGGCUUUUAUACCAUCUCGUGAAGCAAGUUUGGUUCUUCAUCCCAAGGCACUUUAAAUUCUUGUGGGAAGGCGCUGUGCAUUUAUUGGCUCUAUGCGUGGGUAACCACAUGGCUGUAACCCAGUGAUAUCACACAGAUGGCUGAAAGAUUUAACUCUGAUGUUAAUUUUGUAGGGAAGAGGAAAGGGGAGAAAAUAAAUAAAUAGAAAGAAUAACAGUUCCCCAGGUUCACAAUCACUGAUGCAAAAUUCUAACCUACCAAGAAAAAUAAAAUAAAAUGAUCACUUAUUUUUGAGUCUUCCCGGAAACAACAGCUAGUUUACAUGUGCUCGUGGCAGUUGCUCUGUUUAACGAACUUGGCUGAGUGUUUGUGUAUAAAGUUAGGCUCAGCUAAAAAACAAACACAGUUAUUAAACUCAAACCAGGCCCAUUUGAAUAGUUUUUCCUCCUUCAACUCUCUCAAUUGAAGUAAAAUGGGCAGUAACUUAUCCUCUCAAUACAUUGUUUUCUCCACAUUUUCCCCUGUGAUUUAAAAAAAUUGAAUUGUAACUUUUAGAGGGAACUGAACUGCCUUCUGACCUCAAACUGACUAAAAUUUUAUUCCUGUUAAAAGCUCAAAGCAACAGUUCUUACAUAAAGAACUCUAAAUAAUAUAGAGAAUCAAAAUAUCAGGUUUUAAAUAAAUAUUUCCAGAAUCAGCAAAACCUACUUUUUAUUUUAUUUAUUUAAUUUUUAUUUAUUUAUUUUAUUUAUUUUUCAAGAUCUAGAAAAAUUACACAUUUGCCAGACAUUGAGUAUUGAUUUAUGCACUCCCCUGGUUCCUGCAUCUGUUCAACCUUUUUUUGUUUCCCAUAUUUUUGAUACCAGGCCAGGAUUUUAAGAUUGUUUCCAAACAAUUAUUUUUUUGCUAUUCAGUUAUCAGUUCCAUUUGCAAAAGCUUAGAGGGAGUAAUUUUACUGGGGGGAGAAAACCUAGCUUUUGCCAAACAAUAUUUCAAAAUCAUUUUUGGCACAAAGCAAAUAAUGCAAGUUACACAAAGGAUGCGGUUUGAUGAUUUGAUCUAAGAAAGCAAUCAUUUUUGACAGUUUGCAAAUAAAUUUCCCUUAAUGAAAGUAACAAUAAUGGCUCAGAGGCGUUGAUUCUGUGCAAAUUUAGUUGGGCUUUGUGUCUGACUGUGGAAUGGGACAUAAAAAUAAUAAAAAGAAGCAAGAAAAGCAAGGUAAGCAUCAUAAUUAUAAUAAUGGUACACAUUUGAGGAGAACCGUAAAUACAGGUAGUUCUUAACAUAAACAUUCAUUUAGUGAUCAUUCGACGUUACAACAACACUGAAAAAAGUGACAUAUGACCGGUUCUCAUACUUACAAUUGUUACAGCAUCGCCAUGGUUGCAUGAUCAAAAUUAGGGCUCUUGGCAACUGGCAUGUAUUUAUGACAGUUGCACUGUCCUGGAGAUCAUGUGAUUACCAUUUGUAACCUUCCCAGCUGGUGUCCUACAAGCAAACUCAAUGGGGGAAGCUAUGUUUGUUUAAUGAUCGCAUGAUUCUCUUUAACAACACCAGUGAUUCACUUAAAAACUGUCAAAACAGAUUGUAAAAUGGGCAAAGUCACUUAACAACUGCCUUGCUUAAAAACAGAAAUGGGCUCAAUUGUGAUUGUAAGUUGAGAACUACCUAUACUCUUCAUAAGAACUUUUUUUCUGUUGGGUCUCUCAGAAUCUUUAGUAACUAUCAGGCCCAAAACCAAGAAAGGCAUAUGAUGAUUCUUCCAAACUGAGUUCUUUUUUGUUUCACACAAAAUUAGACUUUUUAUUUUUUGGGCCAGGCUGAGCACUCUACUAUCUGCAUCUACAAUAUAUUCUGUGAACUGUUAGGGAGGGGCUGGCUUCAUCCUCUGUCUCACACACGUAACAUCUGGGCUGAGUUGACUCUUACUCCUCUGCAAUGCACCCUCUCCCUCUUGGAAAUCCACCUCCUUACUACACUCUCCAUCACAGUAAUGCUCAGAUUAGGUCUCCAUCAAGUAGGUCUCCAUUGUUACAAAGAACUCCACAUAUACGAAUUCCAUCCAUCCAGGCAUUCUAUUUUCUUUUUCAAGAAUGCUCUACAUAUAGGGAAUGAUCCAAUCCUCAAUUUAUCUAUGAAUCAUUGAUUAAAUGACAUGGGACUGAAUGUACCUGGGCUUAUUCUAGACAUUUGAGUCUCGGUGCUAUAUGCAGUAGUUGUUUCUAGAUUAUGGCAAUUACCCUGAAGUGUCUCAACCGUAUCUUCACUACCAUGAAGUUUUCUUAACCAUAAAGAGGAACAGUGUUUUUUCCUCUCUAAAGAAUAUUGAUGAUGUCAAUUACAUCUACAUAGCUGCAACCGUGUAGAAAAGAGUUUACAGCUUAAGUGAGGAACGAGAAAAACGCUUUAAGAUUAGGAUGGGCAGGGUGGAAAUUCUUUCUUUUUCAUUGCUGAGAGUGGAGUUGAAUAGACUUGGAUGGAUAAGCAGGCAGGGCCAAAGAUCUUGAGACUCCGUUGGAACUCCUUGGUCAUUAUCCUGGCUGGUGCUUCUUUUCACCACAGUGCCUGGCUUCUAAAGAUAACUUUAUCUCUACUUGUCUAUCCUGCUGCAUCAUGGAUUAGUUGCUUGUUUCCAGCCUAUGGGUGGAGCUUGGGGUGCCUAAAGGGCAAAGAGGCAGCAUUUUUGGAGAAUGUUUCUUUGCUUUGCAUUUUGACUAGUUUUGCACAAGGGCUUUUACUAGUUUUGCAAAACGCUUCUGGCAUUUCUUGUUUCAGAAUUGGGAGACUUAAUACUUCAACUUUGCCCAGAUGGUGGGGGAGAGAGAGAGGUACCCCACCUCAAAAAGUACUCUUCGCAUGUAUAUGCUGUACAUCUGAUUUUACUUGAAGGAAAGAAACUUUCCACAUUCCAGGAUCAUCUGAACCAUCCUCUGGAAAUUUAAAAUAGGUGCUCUCCUCCUAAGCAACAUCUGUUAUCCUAAGAUGUUGCUAAGCAACAUUAGACUAAGAAAGAAGAGAAAGGGUGUUCUACAAAUACUAAUGUGUAUUAUUAAUAUUGAAUUAUUCUCUUUCAGAGGGCUAAUAUAUGAAACAUAUUCCCUCUAUUCUCAAAUAAUACAUCUAUACCUCAUAACGCUAUUUUUCCAAUCCUGCCACUGGCUGUAUAGAAUAUAGUGCUGCAACAUCUUAGCCUGAUAAAGCAAACCAAAUACAAUCAGAAAACAAUAUGGCUGCAUUUCCAGAGACUGACUAAAGAGAUCAUGAUACUGUGGGGCACUUCUGACUGGAGCUCUUAGUUUAAGGUUUCUUAAUUGAAAGAUCAAAUAAGGCAAGAGAGAGGUUGUAGAUGGUGGGGAAAUGCUAAUCCUGGCGAUUUGUUUUAUUUUGUUGUUUGUUACUAGGUUUGGAUUAAGAAAUGCCUGAACUGGGGAGGUAUCCCACAAAUGAAAUUUUAAAAAGAUGCAAUUUAGUGGCCACAUCAAUUUCAAGCUCCCAUUUGAGUUGGGGUUUUUUUAUAUACUUGAUGAUUUAUCAAUCUCAUGGUUUAGCUCCUUCACCCAUAUCAUCAGAUUGUACAACCUUCUUACACAAGAAAGGCUGUGACUUAUGUCCUCUUAAGUAGCCUUUUCAGCUUUUCUUUAAACUGAAGAAGCUUCUUGGAAGAUCGUGAGAAGUGAAAUGUUUUCAAAGGAAAAAUAAAAAAAACAAAACAAAAAAGUCCAGUUGCCUUUUGGGAAAAGCACCUUUGGGAUAACCAUGACCUGGAUGAUUGAGAAUCUCCAUAGAUAUCCAUGAAGCUGUGCUAGCUAAGACUCUCAGAGGAGAGAAAUACCCAGACCAUAAAUUACCAUGGAAAAAGCCUUCUCUUUGGAAGUUUCUUACCUCAUCUGAGAUGGCAGGAACAUUCAGAGCUGGUAUUUUAUUACAAAGGAUAGAGAAAGGUAUAUAAAUAUGCCUGAUUUCCUCAUAACAUGCUCUGUAAUGCUCUAGACUAGCUCUUACCCCAUCACUUUCUUUUAAAACUAAGACUCUAUCAAUCUCCAUCUCCAGAUAUUCUCAUGCAGUGAGUAGGGUUUUGAAGUGAAGAUAGGGGAGGGACAUUUGAAACCACAAAAUAAAUAUUUUGUCCCCAAAUAGCUUUAGCAAAGAUUUCUUUUGAAUUUCCAAAAGAGCCUCUCAUGUGCAGAACUGAGUUUCUGCCAAUCCCUCUCACUCUCACCCCCAAUGACAAGUUCUUUCAAUAGAUCAGUGGCUGCAUUCUUAGGAAACCAUCUGAUGUUCUUUCUUAGCUUUGUCCGACUGACACUCCCAACAGGAAAGAGAGAUUUUGUACUCUCGCAGUGAGCUAGUCUGGAUAAGUCCUUGCAAAUUUCUUGACAAGAUUUUAGAAGUGGUUUGCCAUCGCCUGCUUUCUAGGGCUAGGAAAGAGUCCUGGCCCAGGUUGCCCAGCUGGCUUGAUGUUUUAAGUGGGACGAGAACUCACAAUCUCCCAGUUUCUAACCUGAUACCUUAAAGUGGCUCCAAUUUUAAGUCUUAAAGAGAAGGGGACAUCAAUGGAUCUCUGAAUUUUAUAUAAUGGUAUAGUAACUAGAAUACUGAGGGGCUCAGUGGCUAAAACACUGAGCUUGUCGAUCAGAAGGUCGGCAGUUCAGCAGUUCGAAUCCCUAGCGCAGCAUAAUGGAGUGAGUUCCCAUUACUUGUCCCAACUUCUGCCAACCUAGCAGUUUGAAAACACGUAAAAAAUGCAAAUAGAAAAAUAGGGAGCACUUUGCUGGGAAGGUAACAGCGCUCUGUGCACCUUUGGCGUUUGGUCAUGCCGGCCACAUGACCACGGAGACGUCUUCGGACAGCGCUGGCUCUUUGGCUUAGAAACGGAGAUGAACACUGCCCCUAGAGCCAGAAACGACUAGCACGCAUGUGCGGAGGAACCUUUACCUUUACCUUUUAACUAGAGUACUGAAGUAGACCUAACUUUAAGUCCAUUCGUGGCUGUGGAAACACACCGGAUGAAUUUUGACCAGUCUCUCUCAUUCCGGCCCAUUUCAAUGGGUAGCUAUUGAAGUAAAACAAAAAGUGAACACGAAAAAAAAAUCCUGGAACAUUUUUGUGCAAAUUGUUGAAUAAAAGGUAAUUUCACCCAUUGUGGUAUUAUUGGUGAACUUGCUAAUGUGGUGGAUAAUAGGGGUUCUCUUUUAAAUGCUUUAAAAUUAUAAUUAUAGACCUGGGUACAUUCUGUCUCAUUCUCAGGAUUAGAGGGUACCUGUUAUGCAAAUGGGGUAACAGAAGUGGUUCCAGAGAUAAGCCAAUAUUCAGAGAACUGCUUGGACACCUCUUCUGAAUUUUGCAUCAGAAAUCUACUUUGGCUGUAUCUGCCACUCUUUUCAAGAAUGAACAUAGGACUGGCACAAUAUCAUUAUACAGAAAGAAAGAGAUAUCCCACAACUCCAACACAUUCUCAAAAAGGCAAGAGUUUCAAGUUUCUAGCCUUCAUGUUUGUAAUGAAAUGAAUGUCUGAAAUAGGUGCCAACCUCAGUAGGCAUAGUUUUAGUUGGUUUGUACCCUCUUUUUAAGCAAAAAAAAAAAGUCAGGAAAGCUAUUAUUAUUUGGAAGAAAAUCAUGGGAAUGAGAAAUGAGGCUAUAAUAGGCAGAAGAGGAGAAACAAAUAUGACAGAAAAAGAGCAUUCCAUAAGAAAAAUUGGAAUUGAAAAGGGUAUGUUGAUCAAGCUUUCUUUGAGGUAGGCCAAGUCAAGAAACAAGCAUGGCGAGUAUGGUAGGAAUGCUCUUCAUUAUUGUUGAGUAGAUUGUUUCUUAGUAGGAUUUGAUUGCUUAUUUGUACCCUAGGACUAUCAUUAAGUAUUGUACCUUACGAUUCUUAACUAAUGUAUCUUUUCUUUUUAUGUACACUGAAAGCAUGUGCACCAUGCUGUCAUGUGUCAUUGUACACAUAUUCCUUGUGUGUCCAAUUAAAACACUUGGCCAAUUAAAAAAAAGAUAUUCUGUUCUGUUCUGUUCUAUUCUAUUGAGUAACAGAACUUUGAAACCUGCAAGAGUUUCUCUCUGUCCCAUGUCAUUACAAAAAGGGGAUAUUCUGAGUUUUUUCCUUAUGCUUUCCUUUUCUCAGGGCAGAGUAAUCUUUUCUCAAAUGCCCUCUUAACAAUUCCCUCAUUCCUUCCCUGUUCCCAAAGGCGGUUCUACCUUCCUUCCUCUUGAUAAUAUAUGUGUACAAUGCCUGUCUGCCAUAAUUAUAACAUGAUUGUCCAACAAUGAGGAAAGUAGUAUAUAAAUAAGAAAAUAACUAAAGCGUUUCACUUUUGAUUGAUUUAAAAUGUGAGGACUAGCAACUUGACUUUGGCUCAUGUCUCUGUUGCUGAGAUGAGGAAUGAUCACUGACUUGCCCUGAGGAAAUGUUCGGGUUUUAGGCCCUUUCCCAGUUUUGGCUUUUUCUAGGAUGCCUGAUAGUAGACUACAGUUUG